UUCAAGUGGAGAAAAGGAGGAGGAGGAGGAUUAAUAUAUUGGAGAUGAAAAUUCAGUGUGAUGCGUGCGAGAAGGCUCCGGCGAAGGUGAUUUGUUGUGCCGACGAGGCAGCGCUGUGCGCCAAAUGUGACGUGGAAGUACAUGCAGCGAAUAAGCUUGCAAGCAAGAACCAGAGGCUUCUCCUUGAGUGCCUCUCAAAGUCAAACAAACUCCCUACAUGUGAUAUAUGCCAAGACAAGGCAGCUUUUAUAUUCUGCGUCGAAGACAGAGCCCUCGUUUGUCAGGAUUGCGAUGAAUUGAUUCAUUCGGCAAAUAGCCGCUCUGCGAACCACCAGAGGUUCCUCGCCACUGGAAUCCGAGUGGCAUUGAGCACCGGCUGUUCUAAUGACACUGAACCGAGUAGCUUGGAGCCACCCAGUAGUCACAGCUCACACAAGAUCGUUUCAACAAAAAUUCCAACACCACAGGCUUCUGGUAUCUCAUCCCCUUGGGGUGUUGAUGACUUGCUGCAGUUAUCAGAUUUUGAAUCUUCCGACAAGAAAGAGUCGUUCGAGUUUGGUGAACUUGAAUGGAUAGCAGACAUGGGUGUUUUCGGCGAAGAGCAGUUUCCUCAAAAAGCCAUGGCAGCAGUAGCUGAAGUUCCUAAGCUUCUGGUGUCACAAUCAACUAAUUUCACCUCGUAUAGACCCGCUAAAUUGAACAAUCCGUACAAGAAGCCUAGGAUCGAAAUGUUGGAGGACGACGAUGAUCACUUUACCGUCCCUGAUCUUGGCUGAUUUUAGACAUGUAUCAACUUCAUGGUAUUAGUUGAUAGUUGAAUUAUAUACAUGUUCAUACUAAGUACCUACCUGUACGUAUUUAUGUAUUUAUAUAAGAACGUAUAAAGCAUUUUCGGGAUUUACCGUUUUAUUUGAUACAUCAAAGCAUGUAAUUUCGCCUACUUGGCGAUAAGACAAU